AUGGCAAAAUUAAUUAAAAGAGGUAGCAUUUUUGAUACAUUAUUUUUUUUUAAAAAUAUAUGCUAUCAAAAAAAAAAGGAAUUAAGUAAAUUUUUUAUUUAUCCAAAAAAAUACAAAAGCGCUAUUGAUAAACUUAACACUAAUUUAUAUUUUGCCACAAAAAAAAAAAUAGAAGUUUUAAAUCAAGAAAAAAAUAGCAUACAUCAAAUAGUUAAAUAUAAUAUAUCCAAUCAAAAAAUGUGUAAUACUUUUAUUAAAAAUAUAAAAAAUAAAAGUAAUACUAAUAAAACUGACUCAAAUAUAAAUAAUCAAAAUAAAAAUGAAGAAAAAAAAAACUUAGUUGAUAUAAUAGAUUUAGAAUUAUCUGAUAUCUGGUCAAAAAAAACACUAAUAGUAAACUAUAAAAAUAAUAUAUUUGAAAUAAUUUUAAAUAGACCGGAUAAAUUGAAUGCUAUAAAUAAAGAUAUGAUAACUGGAUUAUUAAAUAUGAUAAAAAGUUUAGAUAAUGAUAAUAGAUGUUAUAUGAUAGUAAUUAGAAGUAUUAACACAAAGUGUUUUUCAUCAGGUUCUGAUGUAAGGGCAAUAAUUGAAAACAAAGAAGAUGGUAUAUUGUAUUUAAGGCAACUUUAUUUGUAUAUUAAUUAUAUAUCAAAAAUGAAAAAAAAUUUGUUAUGUAUAUGGAAUGGAUUUGUUAUGGGAGGAGGGCUAGGAAUCUCUAUAUAUUCAAAAUAUCUGGCUAUUCAUAAAAAUGCAAUUUUUGCAAUGCCAGAAAAUAAAAUAGGUUUCUUCCCUGAUAUUGGUUGUUGCUAUUUUUUCAAAAAAUAUUUUGGAAGAAGUAUUGGAUUACAUUUAGGAUUAACCUCUUUAAGAAUAAACGAAGCAGAUUUAGCUAAAUUUAAAGUAUGCAAUACUUACAUAGAAAAUAUUGAUUUAUUUUUAGAUGAAUUAAAAAACAUUAAUAAAUGUAAUCAAAUGGAUUUUAAUAUUGAAUAUAAUAGAAUAUUGAGUAAGUAUUCUUUAAAAAAUUGUAGUACUACUCCUAUAUUAACAGAUGAAUUAAUUAGUAAUAUCAAUAAAUAUUAUGAUUCUUCUAAUAAUUUAGAAGAAUUAAUAAGCAAUUUAAAAAAAGAUAACAAUGAUUUUUGCAAACAGUUAUUAUCUGAUAUUAACAACAAUUGCUAUUUCAGUUGUAAAUUGUGGUUUUCUUAUUUUCAUUAUAAUUAUGAUAAAUCACUAGAAGAUAUAUUAGAUAAUGAUUUUAAAAUUUCUCAAUAUAUUUUAUAUUAUACAAAAACGUUUGAAAAAGGUGUAACUGAAAUUCUUGUAAAAAAAAAUAAAAAUUUUCAAUGGAGCAACGUAGAGGAAAAUAAAUCUGUGCAAUUAGAAAAUAUUGAGGAUAUAAUAAUGAAUAAAAAUUUGUUGUCUAUUAAAGAAGAGUUUAUAUAG